UGCAUCUGAAUCAAGCAGAUCGUGUUGUUGAAGCCCAGCCGGUUGGUGUACCGUCCGUCCUUGUCGGUUACACAGUGACAGUAAGGUCGGUCGGAUUUUAUUUACAAAAAGCGUAGGAAUAACUGUUCUAGAGAAUUGCAAUUUCUAAAAAGCAUUUCGAAUAAGUAUGCUGAUAACAGUCAAAGAUAAAUGAUCUUUUGACAACUGCAGACGAUAUCACUUGUGUUUUAGUAUCAGGUAGAGCGAAAAAUGUAUGGAUUUGUGAACCACGCGUUGCAGCUUACUGUCUUGCGUAAUUACGGCGCUGAAGUUUGGGAGCAAAUCAAGCGCGAAGCUGCAGGAGAUGUGGAUGGCGACUUCCUUUUGAGGCAAGUGUAUGAUGAUCAGCUAUCAUUUGAUCUAGUCGGAGCGGCAGUUAAGAUCCUCAAGGUUGACGUCAACGACCUCCUUGAAGCUUUUGGAUGGAUGUUCUUCAGGUUCUGUCAGGAAUCGGGCUACGAGAAAAUUCUCAUGGUGCUUGGAUCCAACACUACAGACUUCUUGCAGAAUCUUGACGCUCUGCACGAUCACUUGGCUUCCAUCUAUCCCGGAAUGAGAGCGCCUUCGUUUCGAUGUAGCCAUCGCGAGAGUGACGGAGCGCUGGUUCUCCACUACUAUUCAGAGCGGCCUGGCCUUGAGAGCAUUGUGAUCGGCUUAGUGAAAGCCAUAUCUGAUAAAUUGCACAAAGCCGAUGUAGACGUGGAGAUAAUCAAAAGAAAAGGUGAAGAUUGCGAUCACGUGCAGUUGGCAAUUAUUGAACACCAUCCGUCUGAAGAAGGUAGUAGGCCCAAAGACUCCAGAGCAGUGGGACUCAUGCCAAAAGAGUCACUGAUAUCGACAGAGGUUUUCUGUCACAUUUUCCCUUUCCACAUAAUCUUCGACAAGGACUUUGUGAUUCUUCAAGCUGGUAACUCUAUGCUUCGCCUCUUCCCAUUUCUGACCUCUCAAAAGUGCCGAUUAACUGACAUUUUUGAUGUAAUUCGUCCGCAUGUGAACUUUACAUAUCUAGAUUUCUUGGGACAUUUUAACUCCAUGUAUGUGUUGUGUACGAAGCCUCAUCUCCAUGGCAACGACGCGACGGUAAAUGGAGAUUCCAAGAGCAUUAAAUUCAAAGGACAGAUGAUGGAGAUCUCCAAGUCAGGUGAUAUUUUAUUUCUCUGCUCACCCAGUGUUGUAAAUUUAGAAGAGCUUCGACGAAAGUCGCUUUACUUGAGCGACAUCCCUGUCCAUGAUGCAACGCGGGAACUGGUGCUGAUGUCAGAAAAAUUCGAGGAAGAAUACAAAUUGACCAGAACGCUUGAGAUAAUGACUGACAAACUUCAACAAACAUAUAGAGAUUUAGAAGUUGAAAAGAGGAAGACAGACAGACUUGUGUAUUCCAUCCUGCCACCAUCUGUUGCUAACGAGCUCCGGCACCGUAGGCCCGUACCUGCGCGCAAGUACGAAUGGGUGACGCUCAUGUUUAGCGGUAUCUCCGGGUUCAGUGACUUUUGCCGCCAGUACUCGCACUACCCCCUGACCAUCGUCCGCACUCUGAACGACAUCUACACGUCGUUUGACACGAUCCUGGGACGCUAUGCUAAUAUCUUCAAGGUCGAAACUGUCGGCGACAAAUAUAUGGCCGUUAGCGGCCUACCAGAGCCAUGUUCUGAGCAUGCGCGAUGUAUCGCUAACCUCGCUUUGGAUGUGAUGGAAAGCUCGAAGUCCGUGAAAGUGGACGGCAAAAAUAUUACGAUAACGAUUGGUAUCCAUAGCGGAGAAGUAGUGACAGGUGUGAUAGGCCACAAGAUGCCGCGAUACUGUCUUUUCGGCAACACGGUGAACCUCACAAGCAGGACGGAAACCACGGGUGUGAAGGGAAAAAUAAACGUUUCCGAACCAGCCUACAACCAUCUGAUCUCUCCUGAAUCGUUCGAUCCAAGCUUUGAAUUCGAGUAUCGAGGAGGGGUGAAAAUGAAGGGGAAGUCUGAGCCAAUGCAGUGUUGGUUCCUCACCCAGAAGUCACCAACCAAUGGAAUCAAUGACCACGAGCAAUAAGUAAAGCCGGGAGUAAAGCACACUCGUGCAGAACUACAAUGGACCAUCCUAGGGUGUCAAUCAAACUUAAUAACUGACCAAUCAGAACAAGUCCAGGGAGACGCGUAUGUCCGUUAAACACGCAUGUCUCACAAACGCACGUGUUUACGUACAGUACAUUAUUAUGUUUUGUUGGGAAUCUUAGGGGCGGAGCUUAGCGGAGAGGCCUAUUAUUAAUCACUGUCCUACCCACGUGACGGACACGACGACACUUCUUGAGGCAUGCAUGCUCGAAGUGUUAAACACAACUAUGCCUAUUGAUUGUUUGUAUCUGUGAAAUCAAUGUUAUUUCUAAACACAUUGUCAUGAUAGGUGCUAUAAUGAGCAUUUGUAUGCAUAAAAAUUCCACACUUUGUAUUUGGUAAUUUCGCCCAAUCUACAUAUCUGUACUCCGCUCCAUUCUAUUGUUAAUCGUAUUUUCAUUUAUCUCACACGAGCGGUGGAGCAUUGACAUCACACGCGCGAGAAGACGUGUAUGCCUAUCAGCGUUUUUGUUAUAUUUCCCAGCGUAGGUUUCAGUCGAUAGUCUACGGAAAUCAACGGAAUGUUAUAUAGCUCAUGUUCGAUGAGUAAGGCUACCUUGAACCCUGACCCAAACGUACAAAACUUUGCAACUGGUUUCCGGCCCCACGAGCGUUGAUAUUGAAUCGGAGUAUCGAUUCACCGCAUUUUCAAGUAACGACAAGAAGACACGCGAAGACACGCACAAGUGCGUGUGAUCACUGCGUGUCAGUCGUGAAUCGAUAGCACUCAGCAUUGCACACAGGACACGCAAGAAAUACGUGUAUUGGCAAUUAAAUGAUUGUUCUUUAGAUAUAAUAGGCUUAUUUAUAGUUUAAAUGUAUAUGUUCAAAAGAAAUACGUGUAAUUGCAAUCAACUUAUUGUUCUUAGACAUAAUAGGCCUAUAUAUAGUGUAUACAUACAUACAUAUAUAUAUAUAUAUAUAUAUAUAUAUAUAUA